AUGCUGCGACGUCGAAUUGCUGUCCAGAGAACGCGGGCUCCAUCUGUCAGCAACUUGAGUCAACCAGUUCACAACAACCAUGCUGCAGCUGCAGCUGCAGCUGCUAUUGUCUCCGAGAGGCCCGCUGUUAUAGGCAGCCGAGGUGGCAAUUACGUUGGUUGGUGCGGACGUAAGAGUCGUGGUUGUGGUUGCGUGAUCGAAGUCGCGAUUCUGCUGAUGCUGCGAUCUCUCCCCAACCUUCUCGCGAGUAGUCCCAAGAUGAACGCCCUGUCCAGUGCUCCUAGGAAAUUCUUUGGCGAUGUACCGGUCGACUACUACAGGAGCUACGCCCCUGGGGAACCAGUAAUGGCUACGACGCUCAACAACGACAAGCCGCAGCCUGGGUAUUUCAAGGCGCAACCUGAGUGGGACUGGAACGUGCCUGCGUAUGCUGGGUGGAACGGCUAUGCGCGCAAUCCGCGUAACCGCGAUAUCGUGGUGCUGACUGCGAGCGAUGGCGGCGGUCACAACAGCGCAAUUCCCAAUGUCCUUGAACGUGUGCUGGAUGACCGUGAGAAGUACUGUGCCAAGCAUGGAUACACCAACCUCUGGCUCAACACCAGUCGUUAUGACAUCGGUGAGGCGCAUAGAACCUGGUCCAAGAUCCCUGCUGUCGCCGAAGCCUUCUCCCUCUAUCCGAACGCCGAAUGGGUCUGGCUUAUUGAUACCGAUAUCGUUAUGAUGCAGCCAGACUACGACCUCGUCAAAGAGAUCGUAGGACCAGAUGCUAUUAAGCGUGGCCUGAUGCGCGACACACCCAUCCUCGAUGGCCAGCUCAAGAACAACCCGACCAACAUUAAUACACCUAAGGACUUCCGCGUCGAGGACAUCGACAUCUUGAUCACGCAGGAUCACCAGAGUGUCAACACCGGCAGCACCUUCUUCCGCCGCUCCGCCUUCACCCGUUACACACUCGAGAUGAUGACCGACUAUACCAUGCUCAUGGGCGCGGACCAUCCCGGCGCAGAGCAGGAUGCAAUCAAGCACCUCAUGCUUGAGCACCAGCUCAUACGCAAUCACGUUGGCAUCUACCCUCAGCGUAAAUUCAACGCCUACGUUCAAGGCGGCGACAACAUGGGCUACCGCGAUGGCGAUCUGCUCGUUCACUUCGCAGGCUGCUGGGUCGGCGGCAAGUGCCAAGAGUGGUUUGAGGAGUUCUGGGGCAAGAAGGGGCACAAAGACGUCUGGAGGCCUGUGGGUGGCUCAUAA